GUCUGACAUGUGUAAUUUAAGUUGCUGUUGUUUAUUAUAUAAUAUGACACUAAUAAACAUUCUUCAUUUCAAGCAUUCUUCAUAUAGUGUUAUGAUUAGAUUGUUAGAUUAUAUCAAUUCAAACUUGUUUAUCUUACUCGGUGUUUUUAUCGUUUAAUACGAUACGUGUGCAGCUAGUUUUAUGUUAGAUUUAUACACAUAGUUAAAAUGUCAUUAUAGAAUGCUGGACCAGUGAGGUGUAAGGACGUACAUAAACAAAUCUUUUGUGUAAGGUACAACCGGGUCAUUUCUAUUAAUUGAUGAGGGAUGUGGGCUAUAACCUGGUCAAUAUACUAAAGUGAUGAGGGUUGUGGGGCUAUAACUUGGUCAAUACACUAAAUUGAUGAGGGGUGAGGUGGUAUAACUGGGCCAAUCUACUUUUUUGCUGAGGGGUGUAAGGUAUAAAAUAUCUGAAACCUGUAUCAGUUAACUUAAUUAAUUAGGGGUGAGGUGGUAUAACUGGGUUAAUUUACUUCAAUACUGAGGGGUGUAGUGUAUAAAAUAAAUGAACCCUGUAUCAUUUCACUUAAUUAUUGAGGGGUGAGGUGGUAUAACUGGGUUAAUUCAUUUCAUUGAUGACGAGUGUGGGUCUAUCUUUUUGCUUCAUAAAUUUAUCAAUCCUAUGAUUCCUGUAUUGUUUCAUUAUAUAACUGCAGAAUUGAUACAAAGACAUGAACAUGGCCUCGUCAUCGCAUCCUCUAACUCUGACGGCACCACCAUCGAAUCCUCUAACUCUGACGACACCAUCAUCGAAUCCUCUAACUCUGACGGCACUAUCAUCGAAUCCUAUAACUCUGACGGCCACAUCAUCGCUACCUAUAACGCUGACAGCAGAAACGUGUUUCCCGGAAAAUGACUUUUCCCAUCAACUAUCCAGGUUGUACAGUUUUAGGAAAUUUCCAAAUGAAUAUUAUACCAUAUUUCUGACGAAGCUAGUAAACGCAGGAUUCUACUACAUCCUAUAUCAAGAUUUAGUACGAUGUUUCUCCUGUGGACUUGACUUACAUGUGGCAGAGCUCACAGAACUGGACAACGUAGGUGAAAUUCACCAGACACGGUCUCCUGGAUGUGUAUUUGUAUUUAAUCACAACAGGAAACAAAAUGACCUUGGAGCUGGUAUGUCGAAUGCAGCAUUUCCGAAUUUUUUCAUUGGGGCAACACGACUGACAAGUUUGAAAAAAUCAGGAAUUCUUCCUUCUUCAGCAGUAGACCUAGCUAAGAACGGAUUAUUCUUCGAUGAAACAAGAAAAAAAGUGCGAUGUUUUCAUUGCGGAACAAAAGUACACCAACACAACAAUCACCUGUGUAUGUGCAGAGAACACGCUAGGAAGUCGCCAAAUUGCACUUUCCUUCGACAAAACCCCACCAAUGUAUUAACAGAUUGGAAAGUCGACGGACCUAUGGAAAAUGCAGACACUGAAAUACGUCCUCCGUCCAGUAGAGAUAUAAUGCUAGAAAGAGCAGCAUGUAAUAAAAGGCUGAUUUGUGUUAUAUGUCAACAAAAUGAGAAGAAUGCUACCUUUCUGCCCUGUCAUCACUCGUGUCUGUGUAAGGGUUGCCUACUGAAGAUAAAGCCACGUCAUUGUCUCGUGUGCAAACUAGCAAUUGACAAUGUGUUCUUUUUCCAGUUGGAGAGCUUAUCAACAUAGUCAUGCUACAACUGCGAUAAAGAGAAAAUAUACCCGAUUUAAACCACGAGGAAGUAUCGCUUAUUUGAAAAAGAAAUCCUUCGUAUCACUGAUGAGGUUUGGAAGGACAAAAAAAAAAGUUGUAUGAUUAUGUUUGAUUUAUUUUCGCUAAAUUGUAUCAAACUGUUGAAAGACGCGAAUAGCGUGCGUGUCUUCAUUCAAAAUUAAUAAGGCCAAUGUGAAAAACUCGCAGGUGCCCGGCUCUCUUCUGCUUCAGAGGUUUAAAUACGCUUGUGCGAUAUUACAGCUUCAAACACACAAAGGCCAUGGACUGUUGUUAAUGUUAUACAAUGCUAGUCCAAGAAGAAUCGAGUGAUAUGAAGUAUCUUAACAUGAUAAAGAUAACUAAAUUUGACUACAUUGUCUCUUUAUUACUAUCACAAUGUGAAAAUCGUUCCUGAAUGAUAGUGACAGUUAUUCUCAUUAACGUAAAACGUUAUUUUGGAAAACUAAUAACUACACCAUUUCCUGGAAUACUUCAUAGAUAUUUACGUUGGUUGAAGUAUCAAAGUAAACGAAAGGAAGAGAUAUAUUUGAUACAGUUAAUAUAACAAGUAUCUUCAAAUAUUUGAAAGGACAGAAUGGCACAAAAGAGUUCCUCUUGGAAAUAUUUAAUUACUUCUAAGCUUCGUCUUUGUGCAAUUAGUGUAUUUCAAGACACUGUUGAAUAUAGUUAUUCUGCAUUUUCAAACAAAAGAAAGGUACAUAUUUGUUUUACGAAAUUUGUUUUUACAUUGUUGUCACUUAAGCUACUAUUGCUAUUUACAAAUGUUUGAACAUUUACAAAAGGUUUUUCCUUUGCAUGAUAUAUUUUUCAUGUUUGUUCCUUAUUUUAUAAGAUUAUAUUUAUAAUUGUUUUUGAAUUGUUGAAUGCAAUAACGUUUGCAUGUGAAUUAAUGUCUGUUAUUAUUGAUGAAUAAACCAUUGCAGAAAAAUA